AUGGCGACAACUCCUCACCCUAGAUCGAGCCUACGGCGUACUGCUUGUGACCGGUGCCGGCAUUCGAAGUUGAGGUGUUUGCGCGAUGAGAACCAGGAGAAAUGCACACGUUGCUUACGCCUUGAUCUAUGCUGUUCAGUCGCGCCGGCCAAGCCACCAGGACGCCCGCGAAAAGUGGUCUCAUCACAAACCACAAUAAGCGACUUGGCAGCUGAAGCAAGUGUAUCUCCUGUUCAAAUAUUAGCAUGCAAAAGUCAUAAUACCCCAAGAACCCGGAGUGGCAUACCGCCAAGCCAGAGUCCAUAUAAUCUAUUAUUACCAAGACUUGAUAACCUUCCACAAGUCAACAAUUUAUUCAACGAGACGCCAUCGCUACCCCAAAGCGAUGUAAACAACUUCGACUUAAAUCCGAUACUACCGCUUUCCGAGCAUAGGACCCCUGAAUGGGAUGAAGCGAUCCGACUUAACUCCGGAUGUUCCGCGGCCAGGGAUCCCCUAGAGGUACACAGCCUCUUUACGGCGAAGCUGGACCGUCACGAAUGUCUCAAAGAGCUCUCCCAGCUUAACGUCGACCUUCAUGCUCAUUGGCGAGCCCUCCAAGAAUUAGACGAAAGCGGCAGUGUAAACUUUGUCACGUUCUGCGAUCAUCCGCCUCCCCCGUCCGGGGAUGGGGUUUCGCUUGCUGAGAAAUUGCUUAUUAUGGCGCAAAGAUUCCAGCAGACCAUCACGAACCUCGUCUGGGUUGUUAAGCACGAACCCAAGCCGUUACAGCAACCUGGACAUGUCGUCGCUGACGAUGGGAUCGCAACCGAUUUUUCUUCGUCUUACCUUGCAGAACCCUUAUUAGGGCCUCUGGGUCGGGAGGAUAGUUGCCAAACCACUUUUGGAGAUAUACUGACCGAACAAGACGUGCCAUUGACAUCUCCGUUCGUCUGCGUCAUCGUAAGCUGCUACGUGCAGAUAAUCAACCUUUGGGAAGUCAUGUUCUUCCACGCACACCGGCGAGCUAUCGGUAUCGACCGAUACCCCCUUACCCUCUCCGAUCCCAGCAAGGGCGUCCAGUUAGGCGCCUUCUACGUGUUCAGCGGGAGACUAGCGAGCAUGUUCUAUUGCCAAGCGGUGCUGUAUUUUCUCGACAGCAUCGACCGGGGCCUAGGCAUAUUGCCGGAGCAGAGGCAACAGGGCGGUUCGGGUCUGAUAUCCCAUGCCCGCCAUUUCGAUAUGCUCCAGAAAGAGCUUGGUGGACAGGUCACCGAGGGAGUGAACGAACGGGUCCGGGGGUUGAAGGAUAUGGUUGAGAAAGCCAGGCUGCAUACCGUACAAGAGUCGGGGAUUUAG